GGAGAUGGGAGAGAGGCCGGGAGCUGCUGCCGGCGCUGAGCUAGGUGCUGCUGCUGACAACAGGGGAGGCGGUGGCGUGCUCGAGGAGGAGCAGUGGGCGUGCGUGGGGCAAGCCUGCUGGGCUGGCUGCGGAGAGAGUCUCGCCGCGAGGAGGACCGAGGAAGGGAGCCAGGGGGGGAGUGGGCAGGGGAGAAAGAGGAAGCGAAAGCAGCUGCAGCCGCAGGGCGAGAGAAGGGAAUCCCUGUGCUGCCAGGAGGCCAGCAAACUCCAUGUGAUGAUUCAUUGGGAUUCUUCAGACAAGGGCAUGAUGCAUCUGGAGGGGAUCUCUUCUACUUAUAGCAUCCCAGCACGACUGCAUGAAUUAUAGAUGGCUUUUUUGAGUUUCAUGUGGACAGCAAUCAGUAUGCCGUGGACAUAGUUACGUUUAUGGCAUCUACUUCAGGUAAGAGCUUCUUUUGCUGAAGAUGUCUAAUAAUGGUGUUGAAGCUGAAGACAAGCCUCCAGCCCCUCCAAUGAGAAAUACCAGCACAAUGAUUGGAUCUGGAAGCAAAGACACAGGGACUUUAAACCAUGGCUCAAAGCCUUUGCCUCCCAACCCUGAAGAAAAGAAAAAGCGAGACCGAUUUUACCGAGCUAUCUUGCCAGGAGAUAAAACCAAUAAAAAGAAAGAGAAAGAACGUCCAGAAAUUUCCCUCCCUUCAGAUUUUGAACACACAAUUCAUGUUGGAUUUGAUGCUGUUACAGGAGAAUUCACAGGUAUGCCGGAGCAGUGGGCUCGGUUGUUGCAGACCUCCAACAUCACCAAAUCAGAACAGAAGAAAAAUCCCCAGGCCGUGCUUGAUGUGCUGGAAUUCUACAAUUCCAAAAAGACCUCCAACAGUCAGAAGUACAUGAGUUUCACAGACAAAUCCGCAGAGGAGUACAGUUCAUCAAACGCACUGAAUGUGAAAGCUGUAUCUGAGACACCAGCAGUCCCGCCAGUUUCAGAAGAUGAAGAUGAUGAGGAUGAUGCUGCUCCACCUCCAGUGAUAGCACCGCGACCUGAGCACACAAAAUCAGUAUAUACCCGUUCUGUGAUAGAGCCCCUUCCGCCGCCUCCUACCAAAGAUGUGGCCACCUCCCCUAUCUCCUCGCCCUCGGAAAACAACACAACAUCCCCAGACACAAUGACCAGGAAUACAGAGAAACAGAAGAAAAAGCCGAAGAUGUCAGAUGAAGAAAUCUUGGAAAAAUUAAGAAGCAUCGUGAGCGUGGGUGACCCCAAAAAGAAAUACACUCGGUUUGAGAAGAUUGGACAAGGAGCUUCAGGCACAGUAUAUACUGCAAUGGAUGUAGCUACCGGACAGGAGGUUGCAAUCAAACAAAUGAAUUUGCAACAGCAGCCCAAGAAAGAACUUAUAAUUAAUGAAAUCCUUGUAAUGAGGGAAAACAAAAACCCCAACAUUGUCAACUACUUGGACAGUUACCUUGUAGGAGAUGAGCUGUGGGUAGUUAUGGAGUAUUUGGCAGGCGGCUCCCUGACGGAUGUCGUAACCGAGACCUGCAUGGAUGAAGGACAGAUAGCAGCUGUGUGUCGUGAGUGUCUUCAGGCUCUGGAAUUCCUGCAUUCGAACCAAGUCAUUCACCGAGACAUCAAGAGUGACAAUAUCCUACUAGGAAUGGAUGGCUCCGUCAAGCUAACUGACUUUGGUUUCUGUGCCCAGAUAACACCAGAGCAGAGCAAACGCAGCACCAUGGUGGGGACCCCUUACUGGAUGGCUCCUGAAGUAGUAACAAGGAAGGCUUAUGGACCAAAAGUGGACAUCUGGUCUCUGGGAAUCAUGGCAAUUGAAAUGAUUGAGGGAGAGCCUCCGUACCUGAAUGAGAACCCCUUGAGAGCCUUGUAUCUCAUUGCUACCAAUGGUACCCCAGAGCUGCAGAAUCCCGAGAAGCUUUCGCCCAUAUUUAGAGACUUCCUUAACCGCUGUCUUGAGAUGGAUGUAGAGAAAAGAGGCUCUGCCAAAGAACUGCUACAGCACCAGUUCCUGAAAAUUGCAAAGCCCCUUUCUAGUCUGACUCCUCUGAUUGUUGCAGCUAAAGAGGCAACGAAGAACAACCACUAAUCUGGAAUCUUCAUCAUUAUCGUGCCAAGUCUUUUCAAUGUUCAUUUCAGAGACUCAACACCUGCCCUCCUGCUCCAUAGGGGUGCCCCGAGCCUUUGAUCCCCUGAGAGUGAGCUUCAGAAGUAGUAUUUGUUGAAUGUUAAAGGAGGCAUUGCUGAUCUAAAAUCGUGAACGGCCUUCUCACCCUCUUGGUGGGAGAAGACUAUUUUGUAUGGUUGACAAGGUCUUUGUAAGAACCUCUGAGCCUGAUGUAGCAAAGCCAGUGUGAUUUCAUAUCUCUUAAUGUGUUUAUUUUUUAACGUAAUAUGGAGCCUUAGACCAUGUUUAUCUUAAUAAAUCUCUCACUGGCUGGACUUUCCCUGCCUCUGUCCGGCUCGGUGGUUACACUACUGAAACUCCUGCAUGCUUCGAUUACCUGAAUAAUGGAGCAGCUAGCAGAAAUCGGAAUAGCUUUAAUAAUGGAAAGGGGAUGCAGGAUUGUGUGUCAUCCAACCACUUCCCAGUGCUGCCGGACACUUUGACAGGGAGCUGAAGUAUUCUGAAUGAACUUUCUGCAAUCAUCGGAGGAUUUAAUUCAUGGCCGACCUUUGUGCUAUGUCUUGUGAAUCAGCCUCUGAUUAAAUAACCCGCUUUCUGUUUU